AUACAAAAUUUCCAGUAAGGGGAGCGAAUAGAAGCACUCCCAUAUCAGCAAUUAUCAGCGACGGUUACUAUCUCGAGAUAUACCGCUGGGGAAAAAGAAUCACGGCGAUCGUCUCGGAACCUCACAACCAAAUACUAACAACUUCAGGGUCAACUGAUCACCGAUCAUUGCGCUCAACUUUUACGCAGGAAAAAACAACCACCGGAGCCGUUUGGAGACGCUCCCGCUGCGCUGCGUCGUCCUGCGCUCGUCUAUGUGGAGUGACAGCUUUUGUCCGAUCCGUGGACUGGCUCAAGGACCCGGACUGCUUUAUCACCCGGUCGCCCUUAUCUGGACAACAAUUACCACGAGAAUCCCAUUAAGUCGUUUGCUCCAAACGGCCCAGGCAGACUUAUCUGAGGGUGGACACGAUUUCCCAAACGGUUUGUGAAGAUGUAUCAGAGCCUGGCAAUGUCCUCCAACCAGUCCCCGUACGGACACGACACCGGGAAUUACAUCCACCCGUCGGCCAGCUCUCCGGUCUACGUCCCCACCACCCGAGUCCCCACCAUGCUGCCCUACCUGCAGACCUGUGACUCGACCCACCAGUCCCACGGCCUCGGUGGGCACCACGGCUGGCCCCAAACCGGCACAGACGGCUCCUCUUUUGCGCCCGGCAGCCCUCACCCCCCGCACGGCUUUUCGUACCCGCACAGCGCCCCAGUCAGCAGCAACACCGGCCGCGACGCGACCUACCAGAGCCCGUUGGUCCUCGCCAACGGCGCUCGGGCAGACCAGUACGGGGGCGCCCUGGUGCGCUCGGUCGCGGGAUCGUACUCUAGCCCUUACGCGUACAUGAGCCCGGAGAUGGCAACGUCCUCCUGGACGCCGGGGUCGUUCGAGAGCGGAGUGAUCAGCCUGCAGGGACGGCACGGAGGACUGUCUGGGAGAAGGUCCAGUCUGGACCUGAUCGACGACAUGUCCACCGAGGGCCGGGAGUGCGUCAACUGCGGCUCCGUGUCCACGCCGCUGUGGCGCAGGGACGGCACGGGACACUACCUGUGCAACGCCUGCGGCCUCUACCACAAAAUGAACGGCAUCAACCGACCGCUCAUUAAACCGCAGAAGCGACUGCAGACCACGUCCCGCCGGGCCGGCCUCUGCUGCACCAACUGCCAAACCAGCACCACCACGCUGUGGAGACGCAACGCUGAGGGGGAACCCGUGUGUAACGCCUGCGGCCUCUACAUGAAGCUGCAUGGGGUGCCCAGACCUUUAGCCAUGAAGAAAGAGAGUAUUCAGACAAGGAAGCGCAAACCCAAGAUGACCAAGAAUAAAACGUCCACAGGUUCCGCUGCCUCUGACACCAGCUCCCCGACAGCCUCAGAACACGCCUCGACUAUUAAGAGCGAGCCCAGGAUGGCGUCCUCGCCGUAUACUGGACAGACAGGCACGUCUGCCACUCAGGCAGCAUCCCACUUAGACAGCCCAGGAUCUGGACACGUGGACAUUAAAUACGAGGAUUACCCCUUUACCUUGAGCUCAAUGGCCCCACAGAACUCUUGGUGUGCUUUGUCUCAAGCGUGAGGUCUACAGACGGCGUCCGCAGCCUCUGUCCCACAACUCUCCACUCCGGAGCCGUGGGAGACAACUGAGACCGGUUAUGGCGACAUGUGUUCAGGCACACUUUCGUACACCUUGAUCUAGUCCGUGCCAUACUGUAUCCAAUGGCUCUGGGACGGGACAUGUGGUACCUCCAGGGCCGCCUCCACUGCUCCGCCAGGGCGAAGGACUCGCUGAACAAGGACUAAAAAAGAACUCCCAACCAACCAUUCCCAUUUAUUCAGAAAGACAGCAACAACUACGUUUUGCUAAAAUAAAUCUUUCUUUGGAGAAAACCGGACCAAUUAAACCAAUGCAAAGACAAUCAAGUGGAAUGUAACGAUAACCUCUUUUUUUUAAGAGCUGACAAUAGAUUUUAGUUUGUUGUUGUGGCUGGUGUUCGUGGAUACCUUCCCGUGGUCUUGCAUAACAACAGAAUUGUUAUUGCAGGAAAAAAAGCAGAAAGUGGGGAGAAAAAUACCUUUUUUAUGGCUGUUGAACAUUUCUCAUUACAGGUGUGUAGAUGAUUAACUUUUAUGGGCCCAUUAUUUAUGUUGAGAUAAGGACAGUUGAAAGUCAUGUGCACACUAAAAGCAACAGAUAUAGCCCCACUGCUCUCUGGGCUAGAGGCUGGUGUGUUGACGCUUAGGUUGUGUGAGUGACCUCACAAGACACAAGCUCCAUCUUGUAUGAUUCAUUGGACAAUCAGCAGACACGAUUCUCGAUUCUCACAUCAUAAAACACAACGUUUGUUUAAUUUAGUGUUUGACAAUUAAAGUGCAAUGACUCAGUUUUUCAUUUUAAGCAAAUUCAGUUACAUCAAAACAAGUGUGAAUGAUUGUAAACCUAAUAAUCUAAAAUUAUUGUCUGUAUUUUGUCAAUAUGUAAGGAAUUUCUAUUGUAAUGUUUUAAAGAAUUUUAUCUUGUUUAUUCUUUUCUUUUUGGAAUCUGUUAAGGUCAAUAAACCGACUCACAUGCUAUCA